CUUAUAUCGUCACUGGGUUGCUGCUGUGGAGCAGAGGAUGUGGAGGCACCCACUGAACAAAACUUAUCUGUUGUUGCUGUGGAACAGAGGAUGGGGAGGCACCCAUUGAAGAGAAUGUUAAUGUAAGAGGCUCAAGGGCUAUGAAUCUGAAGUCAGCACUGUCUUCCCAGAAGAACCACCCCUGUGAGAGUUGUGGGUGUGUCUUGAGACAUAUUUUCUUGUCCAUUGACCAGCAGGGAACCCAACAGGGCCCAACACUGCUGAGGUGUGGGGCAUGUGCAAAACCAUUCUAUUUCAGUGCACAGAGUCACCAGCACCAGGAGCAGGACACGACAAAGAAUUGUUUCAUCAGCAGUGUGGACAGGGUCUCGCUUGCAAAGAGCUGCAAUUCCCAUGUGUUGUGGAAGGCUUGUAGCUCUUAUCAGGAUGGAAAAUGCUUGCUUAUCAGUUCUGGACAUCACGAGCCACUGGAUGCUUAUGCCAUGCACAGGACAAAGGACAUCUCUAAGUCUGGAAUGACUUUUCAAACUACAAAAUAUUACACGGCAGGAGAAUGCUAUAAAGCCAUUGGCUGUGAUGACACACUCAUUGAGGACCUGAGCCUCCUUACUGGAAGACAGUGUUUUUUGUGUUGUGAAUGUGGGAAGUCUUUUACCAGGAUUUCUGCCCUCCAUGUACAUAAGAGAGUUCAUACUGGAGAAAGGCCUUAUAGGUGUGGAGAAUGUGGGAAAUCUUUCAGUGGUAGCUCUGGUCUUGGUUAUCAUAAGAAAGUUCACACAGGAGAAAGGCCUUAUAAGUGCGGAGAAUGUGGGAAAUCUUUCAGUAGUAGUUCAGGUCUUGGUCAUCAUCAGAAAGUUCACACUGGAGAAAGACCUUAUGAGUGCACCGAAUGUGGGAAAUCGUUUAAGCGAAAAGAUUCCUUUAAUUCUCAUCAGAGAGUUCACACCGGAGAAAGGCCUUACAAGUGUGGUGAAUGUGGGAAAUCUUUCAGUAGUAGUUCAGGUCUUGGUCAUCAUCAGAAAGUUCACACUGGAGAAAGGCCUUAUGAGUGCACCGAAUGUGGGAAAUCAUUUAAGCAAAAAGAUUCCCUUAAUUCUCAUCAGAGAAUUCACAGUGGAGAAAGGCCUUAUAAGUGUGGUGAUUGUAGUAGAUCUUUUAGCCGUAGCUGUGACCUCCGUAAACAUCACAGAGUUCACACAGGUGAAAGGCCUUAUGAGUGCAGUGAAUGUGGGAAAUCUUUUACCCGUAGCUCUUCCCUCCGUAUUCAUCACAGAGUCCACACAGGAGAACGACCAUACAGUUGCAGCAAAUGUGGGAAAUGUUUUACCCAUAGCUUUCUCCUUCGUCGUCAUCAGAAGGUUCACACUGAAGAAAGCCCUUAUAAGUGUGGUGAAUGUGGAAAAUCUUUUACCAGUGGCUCUGACCUUUGUGUACAUCACAGAGUACACACUAGGGAAAGGCCUUAUGAGUGCAGUGAACAUGCAAAAUCUUGUAGCAGUAGCUCUGCCCUUCAUUUUCAUCAAGGCGUUCACACUGGAUAAAGCACUGAUUACUGCACUAAAUGGGGAAAUCUUUUAUGUGUACCAGUUUCCUCAAUUACCAUCACAGAGUUCUCACCAAAGAAAUGCUUAUGAAUGUGGUGAAAGUGGAAAAUCUUUUAUCUGUUACAUUACCUAUCAUGUUAUCAGAGACUACACACAGCAGCAAAGUUUUAUGUCCGCAGGGAAUGUGGGACAUGUUUAAUCAGUAAUCUUCAUUUUCCCUGGAGACUGCACAUUGGAGUAAGGCCUCAUGAAUGCAGUGAAACUGGAAAUCCUUUUUCCGUAGCAGUCCCCUCCGUUGUCAUUGGAGAGUCACCCUGGAGAAUGGCCUUAUGCCUGCAGUGAAUCUGGGAAAUGUUUUUCUUACAUCAGUGACUUCCACGAGUACGAAUAAACUCUAUUCAUACUGUCAAAUAUGCAGUUUGUCAACAAAGUUGAGUUUAUUCUGUUGAAAUGCAAUUUGAGUGAUGAAAGUAUGAGAAAUGUUUGAACUGUAGCCAUUCUCUUCACUGUCACUAGGGAAUUUACAAUGUCUAAAUUCUUAUAAGUUAAAGAAAUUGGGAAAUCUUUUAUUAUGUAUCCAUUGCCUUUGUUAUCUUCUGAGAAUUCACACAGGUAAAAUCUUUUCAUAUACAGGCAACAUGAGAAUUUUUCCUGUAGCAUAAUCCUCGAUUAUAUUCCUGGUUUCACUCUGGAGAAUGUCCUUAUGAGGGAAAGUGGGAAAAUGUUUUUUGAUUGCUUAUCAGAGUUUACAUAGGAGAUAGGCCUUAUGAUGACGUGUAAUGUAGGAAAUAUUUUACCUCAUUUCCAUAGGCAUGUUAAUCAUAGUUCACAGUGGCGAAAGGAUUCAAGAACGAAGCAAACUAGGGAAAUCUUUAGCCAUAAGAUGUUGGACAGUUCUCACUCUGUAAAAGGGUAUUUUUUAGGAAAUGUUUAUUUGUUAUCUUCAUAGUAAUGACACUAAGGAAAACUUUCCGAAAAUGUCUGAGUUUAAUUUUAUGUAUUCACACUGUGGAGAUGUCUCAGAAGUGUAAUGUUUACAUUUUGACGUUAACUAACAAAGUACAUUCUAAACUAAUCGUGCCUUGAUGUAUUCCUACUUAGAGUGUAUGAGGGUUGCAUUCUUCCACUCUAACAAAGUCUUGAUUUGUUUAUUUUUUAUAAUUUUAGCUCUGUUCAUAUAUUUGGCAUGCUGUUUUCGUUGUUCUAGUUGCAUUUCUGUAAUGAUUUAUGAUGUGUCUUUUUCAGGAGUGUAUGUAAAUUGGAUAUGUUUUUUAAUACAUUCUAUGCUCACAUACUUUACCUAUUCUUUUAUAAUUUAGGGCUACUCUCCUUAGAAAAUAAGAGAAUGAAACAACAAAGAUCUAUGCUGUAGUGUCACCCAUUUUAAUUCCUUGAAUAAUAAAUUUUGUUUUAUG